UAAUAAUAAUUAUUAUUUAUAAAUAUUUGUAUUCAUUUAUUUCAUUUUAUAUAUUUAUUAUUUUUCAUUUUAUAUUAAGUCGAAGUAGAAAAAAUGGUUUUCAAAUGUUCAUUAAAAACUUGCAGAGAAAGCACUCAAAAAACAGAAAACCUAAAAAUGCAUGGUAUUCCUAGAUCAUUAUGUAUGAUGGAGAAAUGGGUGAAAGCUAUUCAACAACACCAACCAGACUUUAAUGCUACAACUCACUCUAAAAUAUGUAGCAUGCAUUUUUUAGAGUCUGAUUAUACUUUAAGUUUAGUUAAUAAUCAAAAAGUUUUAAAAAAAACUGCCAUACCUAGCGUUUUUAUGAACUUUUCAUCUAUGAUUGAAGUCAUUGAAGUAUAUGAAGAUAAUAAUAUGGUUCUUAAUAUUGAAUCUACUAGCUCAAUGUCUCCAGAGUUUAGUUCAUCAACUGCUCAAGAACUUACCAUAGAUACGCAGUUAUUUGAGAAACAUUUGCCAAGUAAACCUGCUUUAGACUCCACAUUAAAGUUGUCUCAAAACAUAACAACAGAAGUCAACAUUGCAAAUGAAAAAUUGCCACCUCCUGCUGUUGAGUUAACUCCUGCAUUUAUAACUCCUCCUCAACCAAGGCAUGUUCCAUUUUGAUGGAACGGUAUCUAAUUUUUCAAUGGCAAAGUAUUUAGGAGCUGAUUUAUCUAUGCCUCAUCCCAAACCUUUUUUUAAGCAUGAAUCUGGAAUAGUAGUACAUAUUUUAUUAGAUGCUGCUCACAUGCUUAAACUAUGUCGAAAUACAUUGGGUGACUGGAAAACUUUAUAUGAUGAGGGCAUGAAACCUAUAAAGUGGUCAUUUUUUCAAAACUUGGUUUCUAUACAGGAAGAAAUUGGUCUUCAUGUAGGAACAAAAAUCCGUACCAGACAUAUUCAGUAUCAUAAAGAAAAAAUGAAAGUGCGUUUAGCUGCUCAAACUUUCAGCUCAAGUGUAGCAAAUGCACUAGAGUAUUGUUCCAAAAUAUUAAAUUUAAAUAUUUUUACAAAUUGUAAUGCGACAAUUACAUUUUGUAAAAAUAUAAACAAUAUAUUUGACUUUUUAAACACUAGGAACUUCUUAAGUAAGUCACAGUACAAAAAACCUUUGAAACGAGAAAACAAAAUUGACAUAUUUAAUUUUAUUGAUGACUCCAUUAAAUACUUGCAUUCAUUACACUGUGAAAUUGGUAAAGAUAGUACAAAAACAAUAAUUCCUGUCAUCAAAUCCACUCGAAAAACUGGGUUCAUUGGAUUAAUAAUUUCAUUACAAAGCAUCAAAAAUAUGUUUAUUGAUACAGUUAUAACAAAGGAAUUAGAUUUUUUAUUAACGUAUAAAAUGAGCCAAGAUCACCUUGAAAUGUUUUUCUCUGCAAUCCGUUCAAGAGGAGGUUUCAACAAUAAUCCCACUGCUUUACAAUUUGAAAGUUCUUUUAAAAGACUAUUAGUUCAUACAGAAAUAAUGACAUCAUCUGGUGCAAAUUGUAUGGUGAUGGAUAUGACAAAGAUUUUGUGGGUCAGUAGUAGCACCUCAAAACCUGUUGAAAAUUCCAAUAUUUAUUUAGAUAUGCUAUGUGCAGAAAUAGAAGAUGACGAUAUUCAUUUCAAUACAAACCAAUUUAAUGUUUUACAACAAGUCGUUGAAGAUAUUGUGGAGUAUAUAGCAGGGUUCAUUGUCCGGAAACUUUCAAGGAAAUUAAUUUGUGACGAAUGUACUGAAGUUUUGACUCGAUUUAAUACCGAAAUUGGAUCAUUAAUUAAUAUUAAAUCCCGUGGAGGAUUAAUAAAUCCAUCAGUAGAUGUUAUCUAUUUAUGUAAAGUAGCUGAACGAAUUUUUAACUCGUACAAAAAUUUGAUACCAACUAAACCAAAUAUUAUCAACUAUUUAAUUAUUAAAGCUUCUUCACAAAUUAAUCUAAAAAACAUUUUUAUAGUAAUAUCUGAUCAUUUUUUGAAUCAAAAUCCAUUAGACAAUCAUUUACUAAAACUUACACAUUUAAUAUUUAAGACUUAUUUUAGAAUUCGUGUGAAUCACUUUACCCUGAGUGAGAGUCAGCCAAAAGAACGCAUACGAUCGUUUUUAACUAAGACUAUUCAUUUUAAAAAUCAAUAGAUAUAUUUUAAAGUAGUCGGUCAAAAUACAAUAGCAGAUUUUAAAUUUAUUAUUUUCAUAUUAUAAUUAUUAUUAAUUAUUAUUUUAUUAUUAUAAUUUACCUAACUAUUUCAUUUAUUUUUAUAUUUUAAUUUGAUAACUUUAUAAUUCCGUGUUAUUAUUUUGUGACUUUUUUCUAGAUUCAUAUCUUAUAUUUGUAAUUGCUUUAUAGGUACUCUAUUUACAUUUAAAAGAGCUAAGAAAAUAUUAAAAAAAUUCUAAAUUCUUUAUUUAAAACAUUGUAUGUUGUAUAUUAAGUGGCAUAAAUAUGACUAUCAUUAAAUAA